GACAUUUGACAUUGAGUACGUUAGAUUGUAGGGAGAAAUGUAUAAAAGAUUUCGUCGAUAGUGUUUAGGCAUCAGUUGCUCAUCUGUUUCCCAUCGAACAGUCGUAAAUUAAACAUUAUCAAAAAUGAAAAUGAUCGUACUCGCCGUUGCCGCCCUCGUGGCCGUCGCCCUCGCCGCGCCCGCGGAGCAGGAGCCUCCCAAAAUCCUUCGCUCGGACUUCGAGGUCCAGCCUGAGGGUGGAUAUGCUUAUGCCUACGAGACCGAAGAUGGCAUCAAAAAGGACGAGAAUGGCGAGCUUAAAACCGUAAACGACGAGGAGAACAAACCCCAUGAAGUUGUAGUAGUCCGCGGUUCUUACAGCUACACCGACUCAGAAGGCAAAUCCCACUCCGUCACCUACUACGCUGACGAGACCGGCUUCCACGCUGAGAGCGAAGACAUCCCCAAGGGACCAGCCCAGGCCUAAGCUUUCGACGUACCUACUCAAUAUAAGUUACCAUCAACCCGAUUGUGAUUUUAAUAUCUCGUUCAGUAACUGUUGUGGAUUUGAUCUGUCAGUUAUCAAAAGUGACAUGUGCAAAGAACCUGCGGUACAGCGAUCGUGUGAUAUGCCUAUCGCGCCGGUGCGUUCUUUCCGCACUUACAAAAAGUGCGCGCGACAGAUUAUAUCAGUGCUCGCCCGCUGGUUUGGUUCAAAUCUACAACAAUUUAGCAGCACGAAAUUAAAAUCAGAUGCGGGUUCCUAGUCAAGACAUUUAACGUCGUUGGGACGCGAGCGCUCUGCGCUAACGAUUGUUAAUUUGAUGCUCACUGCCAUAUUUUUUUACGUUUAUACUAUUUUUUGUUUUCUGCAAAUAAAAUUGUUUACAUUCUAUAUA